CGCUGGAUCCCCGGGACCACUAAGAACACCCGUAGACUGCAACAUCAACACGCAUUACCUCACCCGCACGCACCUCAAGCACGUCACUUUCAGCCUGGUCUACCGUACUACUACUACCGUAUCUGCCACUCUUUUUUUGCAUGUCCUCUUCCUCCGAUCGAACCUUACUUAAACACAUCUUCACCCCUCCUCUCCUCUGUCCAUGCAAAAAUUCACUCUCCUCACCUACCGCACCAGCACAAGCAAAGUCGCAGCCACGGCCAAUUCCCGAAUCUCGUCCCUCGCCCGCCAAUUCUCUUCGUCUGCAGCGAACAUGGCGCCUAUAACAAAAGAGUGCGACUACCUCGUCAUUGGAGGCGGUAGUGGAGGUCUGGCUUCGGCGAGAAGAGCGAGUGGCUACUAUGGCGCAAAGACCAUUGCGAUAGAGGCAAAGCGUCUGGGAGGAACUUGUGUCAAUGUUGGAUGUGUACCAAAGAAAGUUACCUUCAAUGCUGCUAUGCUUGCAGAGGCAAUCCACGACUCGAAAGCAUAUGGAUUCUCCGUCAACCAAACCGCACCAUUCGACUGGCCAAGCUUCAAGAAGAAGAGAGACGCAUAUAUCCUACGCCUAAACGGCAUCUACGAGAAGAACCUGGGCAACGACAAGGUAGAAUACAUCCACGGCCGAGCCUCUCUUACCGGCAAGAACGAGGCAGAGGUUACAUUAGAUGAUGGCACGAAGCAGACCAUUCGCGCAAAGAAGAUUCUGUUAGCCGUUGGAGGACAUCCUACAAUCCCGCAAGGAAUCCCAGGGUCCGAAUAUGGCGUUAACAGCGAUGGCUUCUUUGACAUCGAGACACAGCCUAAGAAGGUUGCUUUAGUAGGAGCAGGAUACAUCGCCGUCGAGUUCGCAGGCAUGUUCAACGCUCUUGGCACAGAAACCCACCUGUUCAUCCGUCACGACAAGUUCCUCCGCUCCUUCGACCCCAUGGUCCAAGACACCGUCACAGCAGAGUACGAGCGCCUUGGUGUCCACCUCCACAAGCAAUCCAGCCAGAGUAAGGUAGAGAAGGACCCCAAGACCGGCAAGCUCACCCUGCACUACAAGGACUCCAACGGCGAGGGGACCCUCUCCGACCUCGACGCCCUGAUCUGGGCCAUCGGUCGCUCUCCCGAAGUCGAAGGUCUCGGCCUGGAAAAGGCAGGCGUCAAGCAGAAUGAAAAAGGGCAGAUCAUCGCAGACGAGUACCAGCAAACCAACGUGGAGAACAUCUACUCCCUAGGCGACGUAGUCGGCAAAGUAGAGCUCACACCCGUGGCCAUCGCCGCCGGCCGCAAGCUCUCCGACCGCCUCUUCGGGCCCGAGAAGUUCAAGUCCUCAAAGCUAGACUACAACCUCAUCCCGUCCGUCGUGUUCGCGCACCCUGAGAUCGGCAGCAUCGGGCUCACGGAGCCGGAAGCAGUCGAGAAGUACGGGCGCGAGAACCUCAAGAUCUACAAUACGAGUUUUACGGCCAUGUACUAUGCCAUGAUGGAGCAGGAGCAGAAGGGCCCUACGAGGUAUAAGUUGAUCUGUCAGGGGCCGGAGGAGAAGGUGGUGGGGUUGCAUAUUUUGGGGCUGGGUAGUGGGGAGAUGUUGCAGGGGUUUGGGGUGGCGGUUAAGAUGGGGGCGACGAAGGCGGAUUUUGAUAGUUGUGUGGCUAUUCAUCCGACGAGUGCGGAGGAGUUGGUUACGUUGAAGUGAGAGGGUGUAAGUGACAAAGUAAAGGGAGGAGGGGAAUGGUUUGGCUUGAUUGAUAUCAUGUUACCGAGCUACUGAAAGAAUUGUAGAGUAGACCAAAACGUAUAGAUGAUAUGCAGCAUCACCGUAUGCUGAACCACAUGCUUCUAA